AUGUUGUACUUUCUCGCCCUUGCCUUGUCGUCUUCGUACCUUCAUCUUACCGCUCACGCCGCAACGACGCAGUCUCCUCAUGGAAGUGUGACGGUACUCCAUCCUCUCGUCUCUCAAUUCCCCCCGGUGGCUCGACUCAACACGCUCUUCCAAUGGACCAUCCUGCCUGAUACCUUCGGAUCCCUGAACAAUGUCCAGUAUACAACUCCCGAUUUGCCGCAAUGGUUAUUCUUCAACACCACCAGCUUCACUUUCAUCGGAACUCCCUCUGCGGUACAUAUAGGCAACACCAAGGUCACAUUGCGAGCUACAACUCCCUCCGGUACCGCUUCCACUGCCGUUAUAAUUCCCGUCUCAGGACGUGCUACGGGUGCUGAAGUUGCCAAGCCACUCAGUCAACAGUUGGUCCAAGGUAACAAAUUUAUCAAUUCGGCAUAUCCCUACCUUUCCUCGUCACCCUACUUUCCAGGUGUGAGAGUUCCACCCCGGUGGAGUUUCUCCAUCGGAUUGGAUCCCGAUACGUUCGUAGGUUCGGGUACCAGAAUAUACGCAACUGCUACUCAGUCAGACGGGACGCCACUUCCCACCUGGCUGAGAUGGAAUAACAAGACUCUCACUUUCGAUGGUGUAUCCCCUCUCUUGUCUUCCACCGGAUCCGAGGUUUUCUCGUUGGCCAUCGGUGCGUCGGACACCUAUGGGUAUACCGAUGUUCGACAGGAUAUGAAGAUUGUGGUUUCUUCUUCGACACUCGUGGUGUCUCCUGUGACCUUGAACGUCACGGCUGGACAAAACAUCUCGGACUCCCUUCAACCUUCUUUAUUGUCCGAGCUUCUGGACGGACGGGUGCUGAACGAUGGAGAACCUCUCGAGAGGGAUCAAUACAACGUGUCGAUUGAAACGGAUUGUUUGCCGUGGCUCACAUUCGAUUCGACUUCCUUACAAUUGGAAGGCAUGGUUCCUCAAUCGCAAAGUGGCAGUCAGAUCUUGCCUCUGGUCAUCAGGGAUGCUAUGGGUGGUUUCGAUAACAGUUCCAUAUCCCUCGCCUUUUACCCCAGCGCUUGGAACGUCAUGUCGACACCUUCUAUCAAUAUCGUUCCUGGACAGCAAAUCUCGGUCGAUCUAAAGUCAUAUCUCGUUUCGCCUGACGAACGAAGCAACUUAGCGCUUUCCGUUGAGAACAGCGACGGUUCCUCCCCUUCUGGAAUCUCCGUUGAUUCUUCAGCUUUUAGCAUUACGGGCAUGGUGCCCACCUCAAGCGCUCAGAGUCAACAAUUUAUCGUCAAAGCUUUGGAUGAGAGAUACAACACGUCUUCCCUUCUCCAAGUGAAUUUCGAUCUCACUCCUGCCAUUGCACCGGUCGGAUUGGACGUUCCUCUCAACACCCCGUCUUCCAAUCCUGGCCGUCAUCAUAAGAUAGCGGCUAUUAUAGGAGCAAUUCUAGGUUCACUCGCCCUUUUACUACUUGGAGCGUUGGCUUUGUUCCUUCUCCGUCGAAGAAAACAACGUCCUACCGAAAGAGAAGAUGAAUGGACCGGUAUAGAUCGUACUCCUGAACUAGGCUCCAGAGGUUCAUGGGCCACACCAGGUGACGAUCUUGCCACUCCUAAGGAUAACGAGAAACACGUUUAUAUCGUCCGUUCCAACUCGAUGGGAGAACAUGACGAUCCAAUGACAAUGUUAGGUAAACAUGGUCCGAAAUCUACACCUAUCGAUACGUUAGGAAUGCGUAUACUUCGAGCUGUUGGAAUGUAUUCCGCACCGUUGACUAGACCACCUAUUCCUAGGUCUAUGUCAGAUCCUGAAACUCCUGCUCAACAAUUGACGAGUACCUUACGGAACAUGCGGAAUAUGACUUCUCGAUCUCCCAAUCAUAUGAACAACGAGAAUAUACCAAACAAUCAAGCUCAACAAAACGAUGAUAAUCAUAUCACCACCACAAACAAUGGAGAAGAGAUACAUGAAGAGUCAAGAAGUAUGAUGACCCGACUCACUUCUUCAAAUUUCACGACUACCGAAGAACCUUAUACCGAAACUGACAUUACCGAAACAUCAUCUCUUCAUUCUUCCUCUUCCAUAUCAGAACGUACCUAUACACAAACCAAUACUUAUUCUCAUAAUCAUACCGAAAGUCAAAGUACCCAUCAACGAACCUAUUCCUCUCAUUCGGCAGAUAUAUCAAGUACCUCACCAAACGAUAUCACUUACACUUCUUCCGCCGGGACAGUGAGACAUUCCGAUUCUGUCCCUCGUCAACGAUCAGAUUUCAGAUCGGAUAUCGAUAGACAAUCUCCAUUAGAAUUCGAUUUCGAUGCUGCUUAUUCUGAAUUCCCAUUCGAAGUUCAAACUGGUGGAGAAGGUGCGGAAUUAGAUACUGCAGAUAUGAAUCUACAAAGAAGGUUUGAGUUAGAAUUGGAAUUGAAUCCUGAAGAUCAUCAAGAUAUUGUGGAUGCUUUAAAUACAUUUUCCACGGAAGUUGGGAUAUCAAAUUAUGGUGUAAAUGUUCAAACUCAUUCCCCAAGACUUAAGAAUAUUCCUCAAAUACCUAAAUCUUCAACGGUGAUCAAUACAAAACCUUUGGAAAUAAAGUUUACCGGGAACCAUCAACCUAAAUCCAUCCAACAAACGAAAAUCAACAAUAACGUUGAACAAUUUGAUGAUCCUAUGGAAAUAUCGAUGAAUCAAACCAUUCAAACUCAUAAUGUCUUACUUGAUCAUAUGAAUUCGAAAAAUCUAAAUGAAAUGGAGCAAGAUUAUUCGAUAGAUACCAAACAAACACCAAUAAUCAAAUCAACGUUAAGUCAAACGGAUAGUGAACCAUUAUCUAUCGGAUGCGUUUUAUGGAAUUCAGAAUCUGAAAUGUCUUACACUGAUAAUUCAGCAGAUGAAGCAGUUGUCGUACGUGCUACUAGAGGUUCUACGGCAGGUUCUCCAAUUUCUUUCAGUGGAGAAAGUACAUUUACCAAUGGUUUAUCACCUUGUGAAACUGAAGGUACAGGAGUAGCAAGGUUGGUCAAUUUUACUGCUGGUAGAAGAGUACGAGAUUCUGUUGGAAUUACCAUUGGAGGAUUACCUGGGAAGUUGGGAACUGCCAAUAAUCUCAAUAAUUUACAUAACCUCAACAAUCUCAACCAUUCAAACAAUCUAAACAAUCUCAACAAUACUAAUUCAUCCAACAAUCUUAACAAUCUCAACAAUACCAAAAAAAUUAACGAUCUCAACAGUUUGAACGAUAUAAAUGAUCUAAAUCAUAUGAAUCUCGCAAGAUUCAACAAGACAGAUUCUUCAAGAGAUAUAAAACAAAUUGAUUCUCUUGGAAAUAAUGGGAAAUCAAUUGAAAUGGGAAUAAUGAGAGAAGUAGGAAUUCGAAACUUCUCUCAAAAUCCUAUCACUAUACAAUCACAAGUAGCUUCUUUAGUAACUCCUUCAACUCAAAUAAUACCACUUUCUUUCCCUACUCAAACUCAAGUUUUUACCGUCAUGGCUCAAGAAGGUCAGAUAGGAUGUACUAGUCCACCUUUGGGUAAACCUUUCAGUUACACUACUUUCUCUGGGAAACGUCAAGAUUAUUCUAUGGAACAAGAAGAUGAACUGGAAGGUUAUAAGAGGUUUUCAGGACAACCUCAUGAUUAUUCUAUGGACCGAGAACGUGAAAUGGGAGACUAUACGACAGUUUCCCGAAAAUAUCAGGAAAAUACCAUGAAUGAUGAGCAAGGGAGACGAGGAGAAGAAAUCGAUUCUGAUCAAGAAGUCACUCCUACACGAUGCGAUACUCCUCGACGAAAACUGAAAGAAAUAGAAUACCAAACACCAAGACAAAUUAGACAAGAAAUAGAAUAUAAAACACCAAAAUAUAUGAUAGAACAAGAAGUAAUGCGUUCAACAACUCCAACACAACCACCUCCUAGAGAAUUAAACACUAAACAUAGUUUCCCAACUAUACCUUUACCUCUACCACCUUCACCUCCUCCACUCCCAUUAAGAAAUGAAGAAUAUCCCAUAACAUCUUAUCGAGACUACUCGGAGAAUGAAGAAUCACAUGAUUUGACAUUUCAUUUUUCAGAUAGUUAUCCAUUAUCACUUCCACCAAGUUUCCCAGAAUCGUUAGUCUCUUUAUCAAACCUACCUACUCCUCCUGAAAGUCCUGAAAUAUCAUCAUCCAUUCUUUUCUCCUCUGAUGGUCCUUUGGGGUUUAUGUCCCAUCCAACGAAAAACGCAAAUCCUUCUACUCGGGAUAAACCCGUUCAAACUUCUGUUCAAUCGACUUCUCCUUCCAAUCCUUCGCUUCCGCGUUCUAUCACUCAAUCAUCGGUCCGUUCCAUCCCCGGUACUCCUUCACGUAAACGUCGAACUAAAUCCAUCUUACAAUCUAAAGAAAUAUCAGACCCGAUACCCCCACUUCCAACGAUGAACAGUCAACAAUCAAUCACCUCUCUUCCUUCCAUUUCAUCCGAGAUCUCCACCACUUCCUCUAGUGAUGAUCAUAUUUCAAAGGGACAUAAAAGAGUAACAAGUGUUAACCCGUACGCCCCUCGUGUUUCGUCAAGUUUAUCACAAAGUUUUACAUUGGAAGAUGUGAAAAGUGGGAAACCAUUAGUGAAACGUAAUAGUUCUUUAAGUAGACCAAAUACCGCUCCAUCUCCUUCUCCAUCUCCAUCUUCUCCUGUGAGAUCAACUACUUCUCAUUCGAGAACAAGUCUUGAACAAGAAUCAACUUCACGAUCUCGUUCUUCUUCCAUUUCAUCGAUGAAAUCUAAACGUAAUUCUCUCACUGCCCGUGCUGUUUUAGGUAGUAUGGAACAAAACUCUUUGAUCUUUACACCUUCAGAGAAAGUAAACACGAAGAUGAAGUCAUCUUCUACUUCUAAUUCGAUCAAGACGAAAGAAUCCUCGUCUACCGUUUCGACCAAAACGAAAGAAUCCCAUUUUUCAACUAUUACUUCAAGAGUAUCAACUCAGAGAAAUAAGAAAGAACCUCUUAUCCCUGGUCAAGUCACUCAUUCGAGAGAAUCUUCAUUGGCCAGUAGAGGAACUUCAUCAAGUUUGAAUAAAGUUAGGGAAAAGAUGAGUGGGGUCAGUACUUCCACAAGGAAUAAAGAGGUCGGUGGAUCGAAAGAGAAAUCAGGUAUGGAAGGGGAGAGUAAAAAGGGAAGAGAGAGAGGAAUGAGUAAUGCUAGUGUUUUGAAGAGAGGGAGGAAUAGUACUAUGACACCUGAAUCGACAAUGCAGCAUAUGUACGGCUGUAGGGCGAGUGAGAUGGUGAUAGUGAUGACGAUGGCGAUGGUGAUGCGAUAG